CCUCUUUCUCCCCGCAUUUCGCUUUCUCACUCACUUUGUUUACUCUCAGGGUCCAUCUAUUCCUCAUACCGCAUCUGCCUCUUUAUCUCCAACAUAUUUGGUAUCUUCCAUACACCGUCACGAUGAGCGCCCACGUCGUGGUGAUCGACGCGACGGCCAGGCGGGCAACGAUUAAGACGACCCCUACCAAACCUAUGACCGAUGUUCUGCAAGAAGCUUGCUCGAAGCUUGGAUACAAUGCUAGCCAAUACGGAUUGAAGCACAAUCGCAAACAACUAGACCUUUCUCUCUCCUUCCGUCUUACUGGCCUCAGCUCUGGGGCGAAGCUUGAGCUUGUGCAGUUCUCUCGCUCUCCUUCCGUUGUUACUGUCGGCCUCCAACUCCCCGAAUCCGAAGCUCGAGGUGCCCCAAAUGGCCGUAUACUUGACAAGUUCCCAAGCACGACCACACUUUGGCUAGUAUUGCGCAAGUUUGAGGCUGGUGUUGCAGGAAGUGGCCCGGUACGGAAUCUCACUUCUCGUGCAGUGCCCGCUACCGAUGGCGGCGAUGGUGCGGGACGUCUAUACUAUGAGAUGCCCGUGCUUCAGAUCUUGGAACGUGAAGUAUCGACCUUUACAGAUCUCCAGAAAACCCUGGCCCAGCUCGGAUUCAACAGUGGAAAUGUGCUCAUGCGACUCAGCUUCCGGCGAACAGAAGAGCCGAUUGAAGAAGCGAUGGUGCAGAUCGGCGAGUUCUUCAAAUCAUCAGAGGAUGAGGCUCCUUCAUCAGAGGAUAAAGCGGUGGCCCCCGCAGCGGCUUCCAUGGGAAGUAUAAGCGAAGAACCUGCCCAGCAGCCAUCCAGCUCAUUGCACUACCUCCGAAGUAGCUACCUCGACGACCGACUCAUCUGGCCGAGCUAUCACCGUCUUCUCUCCCCCUCAGACAACACACCUUCAUCGGCACAAAUAGCGUACAACGAGAAUGAUUACAUACCCUCUAUCGAGCACGCAAAACUGCACCAGCGACUACUCAACCAGUCUUCUCGCAACCAACGCUUACCAACGGACGCCGAGAUUGCGGCCAAAGCAGAAGCAGAAGAGGCGAGGCGAGCAGCAAUCCGCGAGGUGGACGUGAAGGUCCGCUUCCCUGACCAGAGCCAAGUAGUCGCUAAGUUCGGACCGGAGGACACAGGAUACUCGCUGUAUGAAUUUGUCCGCGGGUGUCUUGCUCCACCAUUCGCCGGCGAGAAGUUCCACCUCACAGUCCACGCCAUCUCUCGAUCUCACAAUGCAACCACUAUCCCCGACUCAGAUAAAACACAAUUAAUCAAGGGCCUCGGACUGGCUGGCCGUGUAUUGGUCAACUUCUCCUGGGCUGAUAGUGUUGCUCAAUCUGUCCACGAGCGCCGUGCAGAGGUCCUCCGUCCUGAGCUCCGAAGCCAAGCUCAGCAGCUUAAGGUGGAGCAACCGCCGGAGCCCAAGGAAGAAGAGGAGCCAUCAGCUCCCUCGAAAGCUGGUCCGAGUUCUACGGGUGAUAAGCCCAGCGGGCCACGAAAGAGUGGUGCUAUGCCCAAGUGGUUGAAGCUACCAGGGAAGAAAUAA